GUUCUGGUUCACCAAACAAUUCUGAUGAUGAUCAAAAAAUGAAUAAUUUUAUAGAAAAGGUGAAGAACAAAAGCAGAAAGUUUUCCAAGAUGGUAGCCAAUGACAUAGCAAAGAUGUCCAGGAAGCUAAGUUUGCCAACUGAGUUAAAGCCUGAUUUAGAUGUCAAAGACAACUCUUUCAGUCGAUCCCGGAGUUCUAGUGUAACUAGCAUUGACAAAGAGUCACGCGAGGCAAUUUCAGCUCUUCAUUUUUGUGAGACUUUCACAAGAAAGGCUGAUACGUCGCCUUCCCCAUGCCUCUGGGUUGGGACCACGCUGGGUACAGUGCUUGUCAUUGUACUGAACUUACCCCCAGGAGGAGAGCAAAGACUUCUUCAGCCAGUAAUUGUUUCUCCUAGUGGAACCAUCCUGAGGCUAAAAGGGGCGAUCUUGAGAAUGGCUUUUCUGGAUACCACAGGAUCUUUGGUCCCACCAGCACAUGAACCCUGGAGAGAACACAAUGUUCCUGAAGAUAAAGAUGGAAAAGAUACAACGAAAAAACGACGUCCUGUCUCAGUGUCCCCCUCUUCCUCUCAGGAAAUCAGCGAAAACCAAUAUGCAGUGAUAUGUUCAGAAAAGCAAGCAAAAGUUAUCUCACUGCCGUCUCAGAACUGUAUUUAUAAGCAAAACAUAACAGAGACUUCUUUUGUUCUUCGUGGAGACAUAGUGUCAUUGAGUAACAGUAUCUGCCUUGCAUGUUUCUGUGCCAAUGGACAUAUUAUGACUUUUAGUUUGCCAAGUUUAAGGCCACUGUUGGAUGUAUAUUACCUGCCACUUACCAACAUGCGAAUAGCCAGAACAUUCUGCUUUACCAAUAAUGGACAAGCACUCUAUCUUGUCUCACCAACUGAAAUACAGAGGCUCACCUACAGUCAAGAAACAUGUGAAAAUCUUCAGGAAAUGUUGGGUGAGCUCUUCACUCCUGUAGAAACACCAGAAGCUCCAAACAGGGGGUUCUUUAAAGGUCUGUUUGGAGGUGGGGCACAGUCACUUGACAGAGAAGAACUCUUUGGAGAAUCAGCAUCUGGGAAGGCAUCAAGGAGUCUUGCCCAGCAUAUUCCAGGGCCUGGGGGUAUUGAAGGUGUCAAAGGAGCGGCAUCUGGUGUGGUUGGUGAACUAGCACGAGCCCGGUUGGCCCUAGAUGAAAGAGGGCAGAAACUAGGAGAACUGGAAGAAAAAACUGCAGCUAUGCUUUACAGUGCUGAUUCUUUCUCUAAACACGCUCAUGAGAUGAUGUUGAAGUACAAAGACAAGAAGUGGUACCAAUUCUGAUGACGCUCAUCAAUUACAUCUGUUUAAUUUUGUCCUGAUGAAAAAAAUCUUGGUUUUUCCUUAAUUUUGGCAGGACCAUUGAAAUUUAAAGGAGUAUUCACCAUUGGAUACUGUUGUUUCCUAGCACAAAUCACACACUGUUUUACCUCAGUUGUGGCUUUCACUGAGGAGCUUUAUAUUUAAAAGAAACACACACACAAAAGAAAAACCAAACUUGAGUGUUUCUUAGCUGUUGGAUAGCUGAGAGGUGGAACAGAGAAGGUAAAUAGAGCACAAGGAAAAGAAGGUAAAGGGAAAACGUGGUGUGAGAUGGGCAGGGGCAACGCAGGGUCAAUCCUGUGUUAAUAUUUCAUAUGCCAAAAGUUUUUGUGCUAUUGUAAUUGCUGCCAGUGUUAUACCCUCCUGUGAGGAGAGGCAAUAAAUCAGGGGUCCAGGAGCUGGAAUAAAGUUGUUUGUCUUGCCGGACGGUAGCUGACUUACACUUACCCUCUCUAGGACUCGCUAUAUUUACCAUUACUGUUGAAGAAGAUUUGGUCACUUCUUUCAUCUGAAAAGCUGGAGACAUGGAAGAUUUCUUGCUGAAAAUUGUAUACAUAGUUGGCCUGUGCAUAGUCUUUUCUUGGACCCCUGAUCUCGUAUUCUUGUAUUCACAUCAUAUUCUGUGAAGUGCAAAACAAGAGAAUACACAAUUUUUGCAUUAAAGUCAAGUGAAUAA